AUGUUACACCAAUUCAAACACUUUCGCCCUUCUCAAUUUCUGAGGAGUCGGUAUCCAGGAAAAUUAGGGUCUUAAAUUCUAAUAAGAUUGCGGGGCCGGUAUGGAGUAUUCGCAAGUUGCUAAGGUUAGCCGAGCUGGCAAUCGUCUCGCCUCUUACUAAGCUGUAUUCGAUGAGUAUUGACAAAGGAUAACAUUUUAGCCAAUGGAAGAAAGUUCACUAGCUUAUGCCCCCUUUUUAAAAAGGACGAUCCUUCUGACAGGAGUAACUAUCGAACCAUCUCUCUACUAAGCCUUCUAAGUGAGAUCUUGGAAUCGUGUGCAUCUGACACGAUGCUGAAGCAUGUUACGGAAGGCGAAAUACUGACUGAGAGGCAACGGGCCUGCUGCAAGGGCCACUCGACCCAGUUAUUAAUUUCCCAUCGUAAGAAAGUAAGUUGUUGACAAGCUGUUAAUAACAAUUCAGUGGCCGCUACCACCUUUAUUGAUUUUCGUAAAGCCUUUGAAUACGUAUCUCAUAGUACCCUGCUAUAUAAAUUGA